AGAAACAAAAAUUCAUGAUGUUGUGUUGUGUUGUCAACGAUGCAUUUGUUGCUCGAUGAAGUUGACAUUGUUAAACAAGAGUUCUUCAUUACUUCCAAUCCCUUUGUUAAACAAGAGUUCUUCAUUUCUUGGUGUAAGCUUUGUCAGGUAUCAAUCAUCCUAAAAUUGAGCUUCAAUGCAAUAAGCAUAUGGUGUGUCCGUGCUGCUGCAACAUUUCUUGCCCUGCUACUGCGAGUUCGCUUUUGCAAUUUUUUAAUUUGGUCAAUGGCCAUUGUAUUAUCC